AUUUAAUUAUAUAUUUUUUAUUCAUUUCGCUCCAAGACAAUAAAUCACUUACGUCAUGUAUACGAGCUUGCUUUUCAAUAGUGUCAUUUUGAUGCUCGUUAAUUUUGGUAUCGCAUGUUAUUUUGGACGUAAAUUUUUUCGUGUUAUGAAAAAUCACUACCAAUUAGUAUCAGAAAUCGCAGACUUUAAUUCAGUUGUACGCGAAUCAAGGCUUAGCUUAGACUAUACGACGGCCAAAGUAUCGGAAGCUAUUAGAGAAAUUGAGAAUGACAUUAGCGAGGAGCUGAAUAUAACUCGCGAUCUUACGGAGCUGAAUGAAAAAAUGUCGGGAGUUUUGAAACAGUUUUCAGCGCUUGAGGAAAAAGUUAUCGAGCUGGUAAGAACAAAUUAUAACAUGGAGAGCGUUACGGUUUCUACGCCCGUCGACAUAAAUUACGAGGUCAAAAGAGUGCUGAGAAAAAAGAAAAAACUGGAGCUGGAGGGAAAAGCCCAGGAUGAGUUGAAAAAUCUAGCGAAUCACGAGUGCGCUACCGGAUAAGUGAUCAGAAAAAACAAAGCAAAAUUUUUUAAUUGACUUUUUAUUUUUCAUAUAUUUCUACAAUAACUUACAAUUAACAAUAAUAAAUAUGAGAGACAAUAAAACCUCACAUGCAACAUUUUUAGUAAAUGUAAGCAGAGUAUUUUUAUUAUUAUUAUUAUUUGUGCAAAUAAUUUGGCAUUUCCACAAACACGUAAAAUUGUGACGUUUAUAGACUUUGAUUAAAUUUUAAU